CUGUGUGCUACUGUUUGCGAAGAAAAACAAAAACAAAAUCGAUUGAAAUUGAACCAAAAAUUGAAUAGAGAUAAAUCUGCAAACGUUUUCUGCUUUUUCAUCAGUACCUAAAUACCCACACACACAAGUAAUGGAUCUAAAAGUGUGCCGUAUAUGUUGUGAAAACAAGGGAGAUUCUUAUAUCUUCAACAAGAACGACAAAGAGUUAGUUAUCAGUGCGAAAAUUAUGUUUUGCUGUACCAAUGUAACCAUAGUUGAAGGUGAUGGACUUCCAGAGCAUAUUUGUAUUUCUUGUGAAGCAGAAUUAGCUACUACUUAUCAGUUCAUCUUGAAAUGUGAAGCUACUGACAAGACAUUACGUUCCCACUCCAACGUUAUCGAUCCGAAACUCAUAUGCGAACAAAAGGUUGAAAUAAAAAAUGAAGACAUUACUUCAUUCAGUGGCGAAGAGUUUGAUUUCAACAAUUCACUUAAUGAUUUUAAUGAUGCUCUUGAAAUACUCAAUCAAGAAGUACAACAGACUAAAAAUAUUGAUUUUGAACAUCCAAGGAAAGUAUAUAAGAAAAAGGUGAAGUUCAAAGAAUCAGCAUCAAGCAAAUGCACUAUUUGUGGCCGAAAGUGCCAGAAUCCAUCAACAUUGGCAAUCCACAUGAGGUCACACACCAAUGAGAAGCCAUUCCCUUGCCCGUCCUGUGAUAAGAAAUACAAGGAUAAUGGAACUUUGAAAAGACAUAUGGAUAGAAACCAUUCAGAGAAUAGAGAAAGAAAUUAUAUUUGUGAAUCAUGUGGUAAAGGUUUUUUUUCAAAAAGUGAUGUUAAAAUACACAUGCGUGUCCACACAGGGGAGACCCCUUAUGUCUGUUCUGAGUGCCCACGGAGAUUUACCCAAAUUAGCACUUUACUUCGCCAUAAGAAGAGACAUACUGGUGAAAAAUCUUACAUGUGUCCUACAUGCACCAAAAAAUUCUGUACUAGAGAAGAAUUAAAAACACAUCUUAAAGUUCACACCAGCAAAAAGGAAUUUUCUUGUUCAUUUUGCAAUGGCAUGUUUAAAUAUCAAAAUAAUUUAAAAAAACAUAUGAGACUGCAUUCAGAACGGAAUAGCUUUGUUUGUAACUAUUGUGGAAGGACUUUUAAUGCAAAGGGUAACUUAAAAAUUCAUAUAGGCCGACAGCAUUCUGAGAAGUCUGGUUAUUGUAAUAUAUGUUCAAAAAGUGUGCCAAAUAUUGAAGUACACAUGUGGAGGCAUACAGGCCAUAGGCCUUUGAAAUGUGAACUGUGUACUAGCAGUUUCUACGAACUCAAAGCUUUGAAUCAUCAUAUGAACUUCAGACAUAAGAAAGUUGACAAGUAUAAAUGUUUAGCUGAAGGAUGUUUGAUGGCAUUUCCAUCCCGACCAAUGCUAGACUUCCAUACAGCUAAAUUGCACAGCAAUCAAAUACCAUUCCCAUGUGAUAGAUGUUCAAGAGGAUUCUAUAGGAAAAAUGAUCUUGCCAGACAUAAAUUAGGAACCCAUAAAGAGAGACUUAUUUAAUGUUAGUAACUUUGUACUAGUCUUAAGCCUAUUAUUUUAUAAAAUUGCAAAAAGUAUACCUAAUACAUAAGUAUGAAAA